ACGGUAUGCACGAUAGCCUGUCGGCGGGCUUACGACGUACGACUCGGCAUGGCAGCUUUCAUGAUCAGCGCAAUGGCAAAGGCUCGCUUGGACAACCAGAGGAAGUCAUGCCGAAAAGCCCCUCUCUUAGUCAUUGUAACGAGUCGGGAUGCUCACAGAGAUAAUACUUAGCCUCUUGAUUACGGCUACAUAGUUUCUCGACUUUUGGCCCCCACCUAUGUCUCGACCUCGCUUUCGUUACUGUCACUUCGUCUUCGACUUGCUGACCGCGUCCUUCGGCACGUUCUUCCCGCUUCCUUCAUUGAUCUGUCUUCGUUUUCUCUCGGCCUACAUGCUUAUUGACUUUGUCGGCACCUUCUGGCUAUGUGCCGACCCCCUCUAUCGCUUUACAUGACCGCAAACGUCUUCUGCCAUUAUCCCCCUCACCGGCGAAGCACCGUCUUCUCCUAUAUCUUCGUUCAUUGUGUGCCGGUCUCGCGUAGUUCAAGCAGACAGUCUGAAGUGUCGUCAACGUUAAUCUAUCAGCGGGCCUACGACUCUGAAGUCAACCACGAAGUCCAGGGAGCUUGGCGGCAAGCUCGAAGAACGAGUCGCUCAUUCGACGUCGUUGGGAAGGUUGAUCUCGAUGGAUGCCCUCCUCAUUUCCGACAUGAACUCACACAUGCUCCCGCUGCAAGUCCGGUCCUCCCUCUCGCUGUCAUUGCCGACGCCUUGUUCUCUCAUUUCCAGAGGUGUGAGUAACUUCGUGCGCGCAGGGGGCAACCUUCCGCAAGAUAGCAGCCUUCCGGCUUCAUAUCCCUCAACUUACGACUGUGCACUUGCUCUUCUGCCACUGCGUGUCAUGUAAUACCUAUCCCAAGAUAUUCUCUGGCAACGCAUCGUUCUAAGCAGACGUC